AUGCCCCCAACGAGGUCUUCAAAACGCACACAAAGCCGUGUGCAAGAGGACACCGAGGCAUCGGAGACCAGCUCGCCCGUCGCUUCCAGUUCCCGGCCCGCUUACAUGGCGUACCAGACUCCUGCCGUCAACCGCUUGCGACACGCACCCAGAGUUCGAGAAUCCCUCACAAGAUCAGGGAUCCUUUCGAACGACAUCACGAGCAGAGCAGAUCAGGUGUCAGGGCUAGCUGCCAAUUUUCUGCGGAGGCUGUAUGAAGGUAGAGGAUUGACGGUUGCCUGGAGCGCGUUCAACGAUUGCAAGGUCUCCAACAUCUUUCCCCCUCAUGCACCACCAUUACCCACCUAUGAUGAGAUUGAGAAUGCUCUCCAUCCCGAUCACGAUCUCGACCGCGACGCUCUCUUUCGUGCGGUUCGACUAUCAAAUCUCUCCACCUUUCUAUUCUCUAUCUAUUCUCCCGAAACCGCGAGUGAUACGUUUCUCCCGUUCGACCUUGAAGAGGAGAAUGAAGAGGAUGUGCGGGGGCUGAGUGAAGGUCAGAUGACAUUGAGGGCGCGGGUGCGGAGAAGGAAUUAUGUUUGGGAAAAGGCUUGGAAGAUGUUUUGGAGAAUGGUCGUGCCGGAGCAAAAGAGGGACAGUGAGAGGGCCAUGACCCUAUGGCUCGACUUUGCUACGCAGAUUCAUCUUCGAUACCAAUGCCCCUCUCCCACCGACGAUCCUUCAGAUGCCCUCCCUGAGAUAUCGGGCAUCUUGGAUAACGACUUCUUCUCACAAUCCGCUCUCCUGCGCUUCGGUCUGUGGACCCUCCCGGAUGACGCUGGAGAGAAAGACAUCGCCAAGAAAGCACGCGCGUCCAACCGUUGGGAGGACAUGGCUGAGAAACGAAUCAAGGAUUUGAGAGAAAUGACUUUUGAAGAGGCAACGGAAGAGUUUGAUUGGGAGGACUUUAGGGAUAGGCUGUUGGCGUGGGUGAAAAAGAAUGUUUUGAUGGACGAAGACACUUCUAUCUUUACACCUCCCAAAGGUCGUAGACCAUCUCUUGCGCCUCUUUCCUACCGCUCUAUCUCUCCCCUUAAGCCUUUUCCCAAACUCCCGGGCCCUCUCAGAGAAACAAUCAUACCUCGUCAAGAAGAAGAGGAGGAGAAGCAAGAGGAUGAAGAGCAAGUGGGCGAUCAGGGAGAGGAGGAAAAAGAGGAAGAAGAGCGAUCAACAGAUCAGGGGACGGACAAAGAAGAGGAGCAAGCGAGCGAUCAGAGGGAGGAGGAGGGAGAGGAAGAGGAGCGAUCAACCGACCAGGACGAUGAGGAAGAAGAGCGAGCAAUCGAACAGGAUGCCCUCACGAAGGUCGCCAGUGUGGACGAUGAAGUGUUCCGCUUCAAUCCCGCACCAACGCAUGCGGCAAAUGGAGUGACGGGCAAAAAGGUGUUCAAGUUUGCCGAGACGCAAGAUGACGCUGUGCAAAUCGGUUGGGACAGUCAAACUCCUGAGAAGACACCUGUGCCCAAGCGCAAGGUGUCGGGCAAGGGGAAGGGGAAAGCGAGAAUGAUCGAGGAGAGCGAGGAGGAGUCGCUUCGCUCCGACACAGAUGCCCAGUCCUCCCAAUCUUACAUGUCGGAAGAUGCCCGUGCAGGCGGCGCUAUGGACCUCGACACCGACGAUAACGAAGACCCCGACGGCCUCUAUCUCGACGACGGUCAGACAGACCCCCCACCCCUUCAGGAUGUCAAACCUGCUCCUUCGGCGCCGGGAAGAACUACUCGGGCAAUGUCGAGGGCGCAGUCUGUAACGCCUGCCCCUGCUCCUGCCACGAAGAAGGGUAGGAAGAGAACGCGUGACAAGGAGGAUUCCGAACUGGUAGUAUCGCAACCCGCUCGGGGCCAACCGACCAAGAAGGCAAGAAGGACGAACCAGCCGCCUCCUACUCUCACCGAGACCGAGUCUGAGCACGAGUCCGAGGCCGAGACGCUCGCCACACAAGCAUCCAACCGAGGCCGCCCAGCGCCGGGUACCACCCCUUCCCCAGCCCCUUCCUCACAAAGGGAGGAUGGCGAGCCCACCCCUCGGCCUGGCGCUAGACCCAGCGCACCUGCUAUCGUAACGAAGGAUGAGGACGAGGCGAUGGAAGAAAAAUUUGAUCUCGGCCAACUCCUUAGUCCGGAGACUGAACCUCCUCGCGCUGCGGCAAUCCCAUCUCAAUCGUCACAGCGCUCGAAAAAAGCAAUCAAGUCCCGCAGAGAUCCUCGACGAAUCAACGAGGAUAGCGCUACCCACGAUGUUGACCACGACGGGUUCUUUGAGGCUAUGGAUGCCCAUGAGAAAGAACAGUCGAGCAAGAGUAAAGGAAAGGAGCGGGCGAAAGAGGUGACGAUCGAGCCUUCGCCCCCACCUGCAUCGUCUUCCCGAGCUGCUCAACAGCCCGCAGAGCCCUCGCGUCCCGCGCGCUCUUACCGUAUUGACGAGGCCGGUCCUUCCCGACAACCUGCUUCCUCACGACGAUCUACCUCGCACACCGGCGCAUCGAACAUAGACUGGCACAAUCCUGCCUUCAUGGGGGAUGACGCGCCUAUGGCUGCUCAAGACGACUAUGAUGCCCAAAAAGAGGCUAUGCGGGAGAAUGGGUAUGGGGACUAUGAUCUCAAUACGGAGGAAGAGGAAGAGGAGGAAGAAGAAAACGGGCACCCCUCCGAGGAUGGGGCCUUUGCGACGGAUUCGUCUGAUAGUGAGGCGGCUUUGAGGAGGAUUCGGGCUUCUAAUAAGGCCAUUGCUGCUCGGAGGCGACAACAAACGCCCGACGAAGACACCGAGGACGAAAGUGAUACACAGUCUUCGACCGGAUCAAGUCAGGGGCGAGUACGUCUCGAUCGACCUGCCAAAAAGCCUCGACCCCUCAAAAAGCCACUAUUGCCUCAAAGUUCCCAGCCAGGGAGCACGGCAAAGCAUCUUCGCAAAAGCCGCAAAAUUUUCGAUCCCGAUAAUGACCCCUGCAUGCUCGAGGACGGACAGCCUUUGAAGCCCUUCAGAGAUCUCGACGCACCGAUCAAGUACCAACCCGACAUACCCAGAGCAAGGUAUCAAGCCAUCUGGACGGACGAGUUGUCCUGGUUGAUGUACAGGACUGUACAGAAAUGCCCGGCUUGGGUGCGAUAUCCCUUGCGUAUAGUCUGGUACCUGCAUGGAGCCGAUGGCCGUCUCGGCAACGAAUUUGCAGGCUUCGAUAUGGCCCAAUUGAAAUCGCGGAUGGAAGAGAUCACCAACAUUAGAUUGCAUGGCGGUCACCCUGUUGAGGGUAACGCCCGGGCUUUUGUUAAAAGCGCGGCUGUGAAGAAGAGUCUUGGCUGGGAACUUCAGAGGGAGAAGCGCCGCGUUCAGGCUGCCAUCAACGACAAGCUUGCCGGGGAAGAGAGUGAGAGAUUGGACGAUGAGGAGGAGGAGGAGGAUCAGGCAUCGCAGAAAAAACCCUCGCGUCCGGUCAAGAAUACAAAGAGGAUCGCUCGAGCGCCCAAGUCGACAAAAGGUCGCGCACGCAAGGUUGCCCAGUCGCCAGACUCUCCGGAAAGCGAAGACGAUGGGCAUCUGUCCAAUGCCGAAGCUGGGCCUUCCAAUCGUAUAGGCAACGGUGAAGGAAUGACAGCGACGGGGACGAAGAUCUUGAAGGAUAUACAGGCGGAUCGUGAUGACGAGUCAGAGAUCGAUUCUGAGUCGACGGUCGUUGAGAGACGUCCUACGAGAUCUUCUGGUCGCCUUGCUACGUCGGGAAACCGCCGCCCUUGCGUUGAGAUUCCUCGAAGCCAAAACUUGUCGGCCAAGAAAGCAAAGCAGACCUCCCCUUCAAAGUCAGGAGCCAAGGACACGCAGGAAGGCGAAGAGGCAAAUGGGAAUCAGCUUUAUGGGGCUGAUGAUUUGCGAGACGAGUUAGACGAGGAUGACGUCGAUGUGGAUCAACAGGACGAGGAAGAUGCUGGUGCUGGGGAAGCCGCGGAACUUCCUCCCGCUGGCCAGCACGCACCUACUGUGCCCGAUUCCAGUGGAGAACAGCCCCGCGUGGAAGGGACACCGUAUACGGGUAGCUUGGAGACGGCCAACAAGGAGGUAGAGGAAGAGGAACCCAGAGAAGACGAGGAACAGGAGGAGGAGCAACCAACAGGGCAGCAACAGGCAGAGGAAGUAGGGGGAGAACAGGCAGCGAGUGGCCAAAGUAACGCGAGUGCGAAGCCCCGUACACUGUUUGGGAGCUUCUUUGGCCGUUCAUGA